CACCUCGCCUUCCUUCGGCAGGGAAGUCUGGGACCCCCUGGACCACCCGGGCUGGGGGGCAAAGGCCUCCCUGGACCCCCCGGAGAGGCAGGAGUGAGCGGGCUCCCAGGUGGACUCGGCCUCCGGGGUCCCCCGGGACCCUCUGGACUCCCAGGCCUGCCCGGCCCCCCAGGACCUCCUGGACCCCCUGGUCACCCAGGGGUCGUCCCCGAAGGUGCCACUGACCUUCAGUGCCCGGCCAUCUGCCCGCCCGGCCCCCCUGGGCCCCCAGGAAAAAAAAAAGGAAUGCCUGGCUUUCAGGGACCCACCGGCUACAAAGGGGAGCAAGGAGAAGUCGGCAAAGACGGCGAGAAGGGCGACCCCGGCCCCCCUGGGCCCGCUGGCGUCCCGGGCACUGUGGGGCUGCAGGGCCCUCGAGGGCUCCGAGGACUGCAAGGGCCACUUGGGCCCCCGGGGGACCGGGGUCCCAUCGGGUUCCAAGGGCCCCCCGGGAUCCCAGGAGCCCCUGGGAAAGCGGGUGACAGAGGUGAACGGGGCCCAGAGGGGUUCCGAGGCCCCAAGGGUGACCUCGGCAGACCUGGUCCCAAGGGGCUCCCUGGAGUGGCCGGGCCUGGAGGGGAGCCGGGCAUGCCAGGCAGGGACGGCAAGGACGGCGUGCCAGGACUCGAUGGCGAGAAGGGUGACGCUGGUCGCAACGGUGCCCCAGGAGAGAAGGGUCCCAACGGGCUGCCGGGUCUCCCAGGACGAGCAGGGUCCAAGGGCGAGAAGGGAGAACUGGGCAGAGCCGGAGAGCUGGGCGAGGCCGGCCCCUCGGGAGAGCCCGGUGUCCCCGGAGACGUCGGUGUGCCUGGCGAGCGUGGCGAGGCUGGCCACAGGGGCUCAGCGGGGGCUCUGGGCCCACAAGGCCCCCCCGGGGUCCCUGGUGUCCGAGGAUUCCAGGGCCAGAAGGGCAGCAUGGGGGACCCGGGCCUGCCAGGCCCCCAGGGCCUCCGAGGCGGCGUAGGUGACCGGGGCCCGGGAGGAGCCGCAGGCCCUAAGGGAGACCAGGGUAUUGCGGGUUCCGAUGGCCUUCCUGGGGACAAAGGCGAACUGGGUCCCGGUGGCCCUGUCGGACCCAAAGGAGAGUCCGGCAGCCGAGGGGAGCUGGGCCCGAAAGGCAUCCAGGGUCCCAACGGCACCAGCGGCGUGGAGGGCAUGCCCGGGCCCCCUGGGCCCGUGGGCCUCCAGGGCGUGCAAGGCGUGCCUGGCAUCACCGGGAAACCCGGAGUCCCGGGGAAAGAAGCCAGUGAGCAGCGCAUCAGGGAGCUGUGCGGGGGGCUGGUCAGUGAGCAAAUCGCACAGUUAGCUGCUCACCUGCGGAAGCCUCUGGCGCCGGGCUCCAUCGGUCGGCCCGGACCAGCCGGCCCCCCCGGCCCCCCGGGGCCCCCCGGCUCCAUUGGUCACCCCGGCGCUCGAGGGCCCCCUGGAUACCGUGGCCCCACCGGAGAGCUGGGAGACCCCGGACCCAGAGGAAGCCCUGGGGACAGAGGAGACAAAGGCUCGGCCGGCGUGGGCCUGGACGGGCCCGACGGAGACCAGGGCCUCCAAGGACCACAGGGCGUGCCUGGCGUUGGCAAAGACGGCCGAGACGGGGCCCACGGCGAGCCCGGGCUGCCGGGCGACCCUGGCCUUCCUGGCGCCGUCGGUGCUCAGGGGACCCCCGGCAUCUGUGACACCUCAGCCUGCCAAGGAGCCAUGAUGGGUGGAGGCGGGGAAAAGUCGGGGGCUCGAAGCUCCUAGAACGCAACUUAAGGAAGUGACAAGGUGACGCCGAUCUAAGCAGUGGGCUCUGGAGGGACAGCCCAGGGGUCAGCAACGUUCUGUUGUCGAGAGGACGUCCCGCCACGUUGUCCACGGCAGCGACUGGACUCUCGGACCCUGAACGUGUCCUCCAUCGAGCUGCCGUGGAAGUGCCAUCUCCGUGUGUUGCUGGCGGUCCCCCAGCUGUGACCUCGCGCCUCUGACGCAGGCCCUCGCAGUGAGACUAAAGCCACCAUCUGAGACGGACGUGGGGCGCACACAGAGGUCCUGCGUCCCCACGAGACGAGAACCUCUCAGCAGCCUCCAGGUCGAUGCCUGGCCGCGUGUAACAAAAAAUAAAGACCACAGUCCCGCUCCCUCCCCACGAAGGUCUCGUCUGACUCACCUGCUCCUUUGGGCACAAACCCACCUGCCCC